UUGCAUUUCAACAACUUGAGUUUUACCCUUAAUCAUGCCUGCACUGCUCUUCUCGCACCAAAGAGUGUAACUACAUUGUGUUGGGAUCAUCAACAAGUAAUCUUGACUGUAGCAACUCGCCUGCGUGAAUUUUGCUUCCCUCGGGAGACCAACGAGAAACAUGUCGGUAGCCUUCUCCUUCCAGACGCAGCUCGUCUCCAUCAUGGACGCGCUAUCCAAAACAGCUGUGAUGGAAAUAAGCAAACUGGUGGAAAUUGAAUCCAAGAUGUUGAAAAUAGAAAUAACAAGAGGGCGAAACGAAAUCGCUUCUCUCACAGAGAAGCUGCAGCUGAUGGAGAAGUUGCUGUACAUGGCACAAGAGCGCAGGCAGGACGCAGCAGCAGCAGCAUGCUCAGAGAUGAGACAGUCUUCAGAACAUAAAACAUUUUUGGCUUCAGACAACUCAAAUGCAUUCACUAGUAGUGGGACCUCGUGGGAAAACACAAGAUCCUCAACUGAGAUGGACAGUUUGCAUCAAAGUGAGGAGCACACUUCAACUGAACUGCCAAACCCACCAAAUGAGUUGUCUGAACUAAUAGUGGUUAAAGAGGAACCAUCAGAGGUGGAUAAGAAAAACACUGAACAUGGCAGAACAAAUGAAACAAGACGGGAUACACUCAUAGACAUCCAAAAGGCUCCAAAUGUGAUGCAGCAUCCUAAGCCCAGUGCAGGACCCCCGCAGCCUCUUUUCAAUAAUAGCUUUGUGAAUUUAAGCACCCAGCUGCCUCUUGCUGUGUCUAGGAGACCGGAGAUGCAGUGGAAUCCACAACUAACACCUACAUGCACAACCCUGCUGGAGGGGAAACAUGUGGCUCAAAAUGAUGCCUCCCAAAACUUCAGUGCACCCAGGAAUGUAAAGCUUCACAGUUUUAGGAACUCAUCUGCAAAGAGGUUUGGCUGCAUGCAGUGUGGCAAGGGUUUCAGAUGCUUCAGCCAGCUUGAAAUUCACCAGAGAAGUCACACAGGCGAGAAGCCAUUCAGAUGUACGCUGUGUGGAAAGCGAUAUGCCCAGAAAGGCCACCUGUACACACACCAGCGCACACACACUGGAGAAAAGCCCUAUCGCUGCACUAUUUGUGGAAAGGGUUUUAUCCAGAAAUGCACCCUUGAUAUGCAUCAGCGCACACACACAGGGGAAAAACCUUUUGUUUGUGUCAGCUGUGGCAAAGGUUUCACAAAGAACUGUAAUCUGAAAAAACAUCUAACUGUGCAUUUAGAUCCUGGCCUGAAUAUUUAUGGAGGUGAGUCAUUUGGUGGAACAAUUAUACACGGAACCACGCUAACAAAGGCGGCUUUGGCUGAGAUCAGCAGCCUGGCUGACGAAUGCUCCUCCGUCCUUCACACUGAGAUAUCUCUGCAUAAGACGGAGAACGAGGCGCUGAAGAAGAGGUGCUACUCUCUGGAGGUCCAGCUGAGAGCGGCUAGAGGGGGACAGACCUACCCUGCACACACUAGUGUCAGGCAACUUUCAGAUCAGCACCAGUCUGCUCCAGCCAUUGAAGGAGUAUUUGGGAAAGAAUGGUGCAUGGACCUGUGGAGAGACGAGAAGCUUCACCCUCAAAGAAGACAGCCAAUGGAGGCUGCUAUGACAAACAUAGGAGCAGAGGCAGCUGACAUGAUGGGGGGAGAAUCUGAUCUUAUUUUUGUGAAAGAAGAGACAUAUGACGAUCACCCUAUUGGUCAACCGAUGAGUCAUGCUGACAACAGAAAAAUUGUUGGGAUGUUUGACGAUGACAACAUGCUUCACAGAUCUGUUGAUGAAUUACAGCUUCACUCAGGGGAACUGAAUAAUUUCCCCAUAAUGUCAGAGGGACAAUUGUUGCAGCGCACGCAGCCAACCAUUGCCGACAGAUUAAUAGAGGACGCAGCAAUGAGCAGUCUGGUGGAAAACACAAAUCCUCCUUCGGCCUCUGUGGAACCCUCAGAUUACACAAACUGUCUCCAAACGAACACAACCAAACAACUCACCUUUCAGCCCAAACCUGUUAAGCCAUCAAAGCGGUUUGAUUGUUUAUUCUGUGGGAAAAUCUUUAACUAUUUAAGCAGCUUAAAAGUCCACAUUAGACGACACUCUGGCGAAAAGCCUUUCAGCUGCUCUGUGUGCGGGAAGCGAUUUGCUCAAAAAACGUACCUGAAACUUCACCAACGAGUGCACUCUGGCGAAAAGCCUUACAGCUGUCCAGACUGUGGCAAAAGUUUUUCCCAGAAAAGCUCUUUGAAUAUUCAUCUUCGAACGCACACGGGUGAAAAGCCUUACAGCUGUGUGGGAUGUGGUAAAUGUUACGCAUAUAAAUAUGGUUUAAAUCACCAUCAGUGUUUCAACUGGAUGGUCAAACCAGAGGUAUUUGAUACAGGUCCUCUCAGUACCGCUCAGAGUGACUCAACAUGUGGCAGUUUAUCCUUAUUAACCUCCAGCAUGGAGGAAAAAUACUGAUUUGAAACAAAGAGAGAUGAAUUGUAUUAUUAUUGUAUUGUUACCUGUGCUACUGUUAGUCAUAUUUUUAGCUUUAGCGCAGAGACUAACAUAGCAGUUUUUAAACAAUAGUCGAGAAUAUGGGCCCAAGCUAAUACACUAUUUAUUCUUACAGGUCUGAGUCUGACUGAUCAGACAGCAAGACAUGGAAACAUUUAAUGUUUAAUUUGGUUUUGCAUGUUUUUGUUCCUAAUAUCUCAGGCCACCAAAGGACUGUCCCAAGAAAUACCAAAUCAUUGACUUUUUAUGGUCCUGGCCAACUUUUUAAACUACCUCCUUGGAGCAAAAAUGUGAAACAAGUUUGUUCCUUUGAAAAGCUCUUUGUCAUACAGCAUAUUUAAUUAUUUGGCAUUAAAAUGAGACUGAGGACAUUUCUCCUUGAAUAUAAUUACAAUUAAAGUGUUUAUCUCUUGGUCAUUUAUUGAAAUAAGUUCCACAGGCUAUUAUUGAUAACAUUGUCAUACAGUUUGAAUAUUUACUUUUAUGGCUCCAUUGUGAUCAUCAAUUGAAGACAAAUUGUUUUGUCAACAUUCAAUAAAUCUGAUUAGAUUUUG